AUCGCCAAGUGUGUGUUUGUGUGUGUGUUGAGCGAUUCCUACUUUCUCUGCCCCUACAUAUAGCAUGCCACUCUACCUUACUUGGUUUCAGUCACUCAGCAUUCCUAUUCACCCUCCUCUUCUCUGAAGCUAACUCAGAAGCCACCACCAUGGCAAACAAGAUGGUCAUCCAGCAGCCCAAGCCCUUUGUUCAGGCCAUCACCUCAAACCAAUGGAGCUCCGACAUCUGUGACUGCACCAAGGAUAUGUCUUCGUGUUGCUUAGCGUUCUGGUGCUUCCCCUGUUUUGCCUGUAUAACGGCGAGGGAGGCUGGGGAGUGCCUGUGUCUGCCCCUGCUAGACGGCUUCGGCGCUAUCCCCGCCGCCACCAUGUCCAUGAGGGUGGGCAUGCGCCAGCGCUACGGCAUCGAGGGCACCAUGUGUAAUGACUGUGUCUAUUCGUUCUUCUGCGGGCCCUGCACCUGGUGUCAAAUGUCAAGAGAGAUGAAGACCCGCUUCCAACCAAUCACUCUCAUCAACACACAUGUAAGAUAAGGACAGACCUCGUUCUUCCUCAUCCUCCUCUUCGUCAUCAUGUACCAUCAUCAUCAUCAUCAUCAUCAUCAUCAUCACUCAUUAUCAUAUAUCCAUCCUCUUCCUCUUCCUCCUCCACCUUCACCAUGGUCAUUACACUAAUCAUAAUCAACAACAUCAUCAUCAUUAGACUCAUGUUAAUGGGAUACUAACAAUACCAAGCCUUAUCCAGGGCUACACUUUCUACCACAGGAGGCUGCUGACGGGAGGACAGCUCAUAAUAAUGUCCGGAAUGGAGCAAAUGGAAUGGUAUUGUUCGA